AUGAUACAUGUAAACAACACGCGGCUUGUUUACACCUUAGGGAGAGCAACACGUGUCUUCCACCACUAGCUACUGUACCUACAACCAAGGAAUAGAGGUUAUAUUCCUUGCCUACAACUGGUUCCAGGGAAUCGGGAGUUUCUGUAGCGUCAAGUACAUUAUAGACUACACUCACGAGCCAACAAGAAGUGACAGGAAGGCUGCUAUUUAACCCCAUGGGUUUGAAGGGUCUCUGUGCUGAAUAAUAUCGCCUAGAUUCAGUCAAAUACAAUAUUAAAUCUGACGCCCAGUAGUUAAACGGUUAAAGUAAGAGAUUAUACACAAUAAUUUGAAUUAUACUAAAGUACUGCUUACAGGCGAAGAUGAAUAAAAAAUUUCCACGAAGAAACAAACAAUACAAAACAAAUAACAAAAGGAAACUGAGUGCAAUCCCUGGAAUAACAGAAAGGAACAAUGGAAACCAAAAGAAGUUUAAAGGAAGCGGUUCUUGGACAGCAAGUAAUGGCCACUCGGCAAUGCAGCUAAUGCCUAAAAGUCCUUCAGAAAAGAAGCAGGUAGAAGUGUCUCGACGAACUAAAUAUCGCCUCAGUGAUGAUGAAUAUGCAAAGGUGAAGCAGAGAAAAAAGGAGCAUGAUAAAAUGAAAUUAUUGGUUUACCACAAACUAGUGAAGCCACGCAAUAGGAUCAUCAAUUACUUGACUCAGUACUCAGGCAUAACUCAACAGAUGUUAGCCAAUGUCACCACAACUUUACAAGAUGUUCAGCAAGACUUAAAGAAACUCUUGCCACCUGAUGCCAUUCUAGUGGGUCACUCCUUGAAUGGAGAUCUCAGAGCUAUUAAGAUGAUGCAUCCAUAUGUGAUAGAUUCCUCUCUGGCAUACAACUUGACAUAUAUACGGAAGAAACGAUCGUCUUUAAAAGUAUUAUCAAAACUAUUUCUGGGAGAAGUCAUCCAGGAUAGCACGUGUGGUCAUGACCCAACAGAGGACGCUGGAGCUUCGCUUAAGCUCAUCCAGCUAAAAUUAAAACAUGAUAUAACAUUUGGGGAUGUGAUCCUAGGUGGGAAGAACCCAAAUGAUGAAGAUCAGCAGGAGCAAGAGCCGGCAGUGGAUUAUAAAAGAGAAGCAGAAUCAUAUACCGGUCCUACACUAACAUAUGUCUCAAAUUUAUUUCAACAUGCAGAGACUUUACGUGUGGCAUUUCUGACAACAACUUCCUGUUUAGAGAACUAUGGUGAUGUGAUGUCACUUAUUGGCAAGAAAGUGUCUCAUUUGGAGGUUCUGUCUUGCAACAAGGAGCUAUCUCUGAAAGCAGCUGAAGUCUCCAUGAAUGUAGACUUUACCUAUGUUCACAUGCAGAUGAAUACAAAGUUACGUCAGAACCAGGCGCCAGAGACUCGCCAACACCAUUUUAAGAAGCUAGACAAGCAGUUGCAAAGACUAUACAAUGGUGCAGCUGCCAAGGCAUUAAUAUUAUAUAUUUUUUCGGGAUCCUCUCUUGAUGUGGCCGCUGAACAACGCGCCAAUGGAUUUGUAAUGUUUGCCAUUAAAGGACAGCCAUAUGCCAUUUAGUUU